CUACACCACAGAGCGUCCCUCCCCCACGCUGUGACAGCCUCGAGCCAGCAAGAGAGGAACUGCCUGUUUCUCCUCUGUCCAGCCGCCGCGUCGCACAGGCAGGGGAGCAGACGCAGCGGAGGGCGGGAGGCAGGCGACAGCUCAGGAAGAUGCUGGCACUCCUGGCAGCCCUGCUCCUCCUGCGCAGUGCGCCGUCCGGCUGGGCGCAUUGCUUGGGGUCUCCAAAUUCAAGCUCCUACAAGGUCCUGGGCCAGCUGGAAUUCAGUAACACUUCGCCAUGCCUGAACCUCAGCAACCGUGGCAUCAGGGAAAUCAAUGGCUCCGCCCGGCUGGGGGGGUCGGUCAAGAUGCUGAAUCUGUCCUUUAACUGCCUGCAGACCCUUCCCCCGGAUUUCCUCUCCCAGGCGCACACUCUCAAGGAGCUUUACCUGCAGCACAACCAGCUGCGGGGGCUGCCCACUGAGUUCUUCAAGAACGCCUCCAGCCUGCUGCACCUGGUCCUGGACUGUGAGUGCGACGUGGUGGCGAGCGUCCUCAGCCACUGCAUGGGCAGCAGCCCCACCAACAGCACGGGGCCCGCCUGCCACUGCCACUCAGCGCAGGAGGGACCCGUCAACGUCACCGCGUUCUACAGGCAGGAAUGCCAGCCCCUGUGCGCGCUGCUCUGCGUGGCCCUCACCAGCUCAGUGCUGGCCGGGCUGCUGCUGGCCGGGGGCCUGGCUGUGGCCUUGCUCCUGCUCAGGAGGAAGAGACAGGCCUCCGCCAUCCACAGCAAGCGGGAAUCCACCACAUCUGUCGCCCGCGGCCAGCCGCGCUACAUCAGCCGCAACGCAGAGCCGGGCCCCGGCCAGGCCAGCAACUAUGAGAACGUCUUCAUUGGCCAGCCAGGAGGGCAAUACGAGUGUCUGGAGAGAAAGGGACCGCAGUACAGAGCCCAGCAGCUGGCGGACGAGGAGUGUUACAUGGAGAGCGACACCGGCCACGGAGACCAGCCCAUUUACGCCAACACCCAGCAGCUGUACAGCAGCAGCGUCCCCGCACCCAGUGACGGCGAGGAUGUGUACAUCAUGCCGGACAAAUGAGCCCUCCACCCACCCGCCUGGAGGCACCCCAGCCCCUGCUGUCUCUGGGGAGCGGGCUCGGGCAGCGGGGGGGCUUGGGUGCCACAGUCCCACAUUCAGCAGCUGUGACCAUGUGUCACUCCCCAGGGAGGGGACUGCUGGGGUUCCCAAUUAAAGCAAAAUCCCCUGGCAGUUGCUUCCCACCCUGGGUAUUACCCUGCAGCCAUGACCCAAUUCAGCCCCAUGGGAAUGCAGACAGCUCAGGUUUCCCCUGGGGGUGGGGAGAGGGCUGGAAUUUCCCCUCCCCCUACAGAGGGAGAGCUCCUCAUGGGGUAGGGGAAGGGGAUCCUACCCCUGCAUCAGUCUGCAAAUUCCUUCAGAAAUAGCUCCCAUUUCUCCUGCCAAAGUGCCUGGUUCUGCGCCAGGCUGGCUGAGCCCCUGCUGGGACCCAAACACCAGCAAUUUGGCCUCCAUGGGGUUUCCUCUGCACCUGGGAACUGCCGGGGGGAGACACUUAUGGAGGGGAGACAGCACAUGGCCACCCCACGGAGCAUCCAGCCACUUGUGCAGUGUUUGGGGGCUCAUUAAGUAGCCCAGUGGACCCCUCAAGGGAGGGCAAAAGGGACAUGGCAGGACAGAGCCGAUUCCCAGAGGAAGUGGGGCCUCACUGGAAAGGAGGGAGCCGGAGCGCUGGGGCUCCAGGAAUCGAGGGAGAUGGGCCCAGAGCAGGGCUCAAGGCAGCCAGGCCAUGGUGUGUCGGGGGAACCUGGGGUGGGGGACCCGCCUGCUUUUGCUGUCUGCACCAAGCUCAAUAAAGAGACUGUAGCCACGA